UUCUCCCUAUAAAAUGGCACCAACUGUCAGUGUUGAAACCACACUUCUCCAACCAACGCUACCUUUGUAAUCUAUCUUUCAGCAAAUAAUGUCAAACCAUCUUCAAGUGCCCUGCCCUAAACCGGUUUCAACCAAAGAAGACCAGGAAGUCGACGAGAAAAUGAUUAGCUUGCAUGCUGAGAGCAUCCUGAACACUAUAGCUUUCCCCAUGGUCCUCAAAGCUGCCUUGGAGCUUGGCGUCAUCGACACCCUCGCUGCUGCAGGCAACGGUACAUGGAAAUCACCGUCUGAGAUAACGGCUAAUCUCCCAAUCAAACCCAAGAACCCGGAGGCGCCUAAUUUGCUAGACCGGAUGCUGCGAUUACUCGUAAGCCACUCGAUCUUGAAAUGCCGUGUCAUUGAAACCGGUGGAACCGGAAACACAGAGAGGGUAUAUGCAGCCGAACCGGUUUGCAAAUUUUUCUUGAAAGAUAGUGAUGGUUCUGGUUCUCUUGCGUCUCUGUUCUCGUUGUGCCAUACCCAAGUCCAUUUCAAUACAUGGGACAAUCUUAAAGAUGUAAUACUAGAUGGAAAAGAUGCAUUCAUCUCAGCACAAGGCAUGCCACUUUUUGAAUACAUUAGUUCGGACCAACAAUUCUCUGAGGUGUUUCACCGGGCCAUGUCAGAAUCUGCCACAAUGGUGAUGAAGAAGGUUCUAGAGGUUUACAGAGGAUUUGAAGAUGUUCACACUUUGGUUGAUGUAGGAGGAGCAACUGGCACCAUAUUAGGUUUAAUCACUUCCAAGCAUCCUCAUAUCAAGGGUAUUAAUUUUGACUUAGCGCAGGUUUUAACCAAUGCUCCAUCUUAUCCAGGAGUGGAGCAUGUCUCCGGAGACAUGUUUGUAGAGGUUCCAAAGGGAGAUGCCGUCUUUAUGAAAGUAACUUUA